UCACACUGCAUUAUCCAAUUUGCUGAUUUGGUAGAGUCUAGCCCUGAUACUCCAUUUGAUUUCUACGUUAGUGCUGGCAUGAAGCUCGGCAUUUUAGUGGCUGCUCUCUUCUGGCAGAGCCUCCUGGAAACCCAUGGCUUGGACCACGACCACGCUUUCAGGACCUGCGAAGGACCCGUCUUCUACGACUGCCAAGACUACUGCCGCAGGGGCUGCUCAGAGAAGAUGGGGAGUUGCGUGCAUCAGUGCCUCGACGGGUGCGGAUGCAUGGCAGGAUCGAUCAUCAGGAAUAACGGGGGCUGCAAGAGGGUCUUCAGCUGCAAGAAUGCUGAGGCAGAUUCCGCAUCCGUCGAAAAUCAGGACUUCGCCGGGGACUAUGUGACGGAUUGGUGGAGCGAUGCGGUGCCUAUCAUCGAAACUGCCUUAAAAUCACACCCGGAAUUGGCGGAGAGUGCUUCGCAUCAGAGUUCGGCUGAGGAUGAACCUAAACCAGAAUCCGCGGAUACCAGCAAGGUCGUUGAGCCAGCACUGUUAUCUGCUUUGGAGCACCCGGAAGUAAGGAAGGUGCUUGUGGAACCAAGCUCGGCUGAGAUUAGUCCCAAACAAGAACCAGUAGAUAUUAGUAAGGAAGUGGAUCCUCUAUUGUUAUCUGCUCUCGAGCAUCCGCACUUAAAGGACAUGCUUGCGUAUCUAGAAAACUAGAGUGGGUGCAAACAAUUUAAUCUGUCCAAAUAAUAAAAGCUAAUUCCACAAAAGAA